AUGACGGCACCCAAGUUCCCCCGCCGUAGAGCACCGCAUACAAAGGUGUCUACCGGCUGCUAUUCAUGCAAAAAGCGACGUCUCAAGUGCGACGAGGCCCGGCCAAUAUGCAUACGGUGUCAGAAGGCAGGGUUUGACUGCGAGUUUCCGACUGGUCCUGCGACUGUCAGUGCCAGAGCCUGCCCCGUUGUGCCAGUCAUACGAGACAUAUCUCGUCAAAGUAUCAGCCCCGGCCCUACAUGUACGCCGGCUGGAAUGCGACUCAAGCCGGCCGAGGCUCUCUAUUUUGACUUCUUUCGCAGCACCGUGAUACACGAGCUUGCCACACAUUCGUACUCGCCCCUCGACCUCACCCGGACCAUUCUGCGGGAGUGUGCUCGUGAUGAGGCAGUCCGGCUAUCCGUCAUCAGCAUUGGAGCCCUCGGCCUUGCGAAUCGAAGUCCAAGAUCAAAGGCAGAUGCAUACAACCUCUCCAAGGUCAACCACGCCGCCUGGCGCGAUGCACUCAGCCACCACACAAAGGCCAUCUCUCUGUUUCGCUCGCAACUCGGCAACCGGCAAUCCUCUGGUCCCCCUCCUCGUAGCAUCCUCAUACUCUCUGUCCUCUUCAUCCUCUUCGAGCUGGCCCAAGGCAACACCCAGACCGUAGACAGCCUCACCUCCGUCGCGCUAUCCGCCCUUAAAGAUCCCCUCCAACUCCGCGCCGACACCACUGCAGCCUCAAAAGUCCCCGCAGAGCUCGACGAUGAGGGCGUCAGAGGACUAGAGAACCUCUUCUCCCUUUCCACCACGUAUGGCACCUUCGCUCUCCCCAUGUACACGAACCAGACUCGCCUCAUCUCCACCCUCGACAUCUGCCCCCUGAGGACCGCCGUGCCUGGCGGUGUCCCGCAGGACAGCUAUCUGCCCCUGCGCGCUGCUUUGACGCACUGGGAGGCCUUUGUCGGGCGGGCCGCGCUCUGGGGCGUUCGGUGCUGGUCGAUUGUCACCAGUACGGGCCAUGACAUUACGGAUCCAAAGAUGCAGGAGAGUCGGCAGCGCUUCUUGAGCCAGCUCCUUGAGUGGGAGGCUAUCAUGCAGGUUAGCGCGGCUCGUGAGACGACGGAAGAGGGCUCCCUCGCGUGGCUCGAGCUGUUCUACGGGGUGAACUUGUUGUACGCAUUCGUCGGGGCGUCGCUGGGAGUCAGCGAGUGUCGGUAUGAUCAGUAUGUGGACAGGUAUCGUGUCGGUAUCGACAUGGUUGAGAAGAGGAUACUGGCUAUCGUGAUGAAGCAGCAGCAGCAGGACGGAUCGGUCACAGACUCAAAAUCAUCGCCAGGGUCGAAAUCUUCACCACCAAAACGAGAAGAAUCACGACCACAGAGCAAAGCAGCAACUUCCUGCAGCCCAGCCGCAGAGACUACUGACUCGAGGCAAAGGCCAUCGUCGACUACUUCAUCAAACUCGUCGACAUCAGCAUCACCUCUCCCGAACACUCCGCAGCCACACCACGAGACAGAUACUCAAGCCAUCCCGCCGCAGUCAUUCCCCAUGCCGGUCCUUAACAGCCGCCUCCUGCAGUCUCUGUGCAUAUCCGUGCGUGCCUGCCGCGACCGGCCCGUCCGCCUGCGCAUCCUCGCGUUGUGCAAGAUUGUAGUCAACCAGGGGUCCACCUGGGACGACAAGGCGACGUACAUAGGGUCCAAGGUCAUGGUCGAGCUCGAGGAGGCAAAGAGACUUUACAAGAUUCCUUCGAGCGGCAUCGAUGUACUUGCUAGUGCUGCUGCUCACGAUAAUGAUGCAACCAGCCUUGGUGGUGGCGGUUCUGGUCAUUUUGUUGGCAGCUCUACGACGAAAGAUGAACCCAAAGAGCCAGUAGAGCCUGAACUGGAUCUGACUGUGACGGGCUUGCCAGUCGAGUCAAGGCUCAGGUGGGAGCACGCGGAAUGGGCACCAGGUCGUGUCGGGCUGAGCAUGGCGUUCAUAUAUCCCACCUCGGGCGAGACAGUCACGGUAGGCGUGGACAACACAGGAGAGUACGGGUAUUUGAUGUGUUGA